CACGUAGCUACUAGCUGCGUCCUCUGUUUAUGUGUCUUCGUGCCCUGUUGACUUUGUGUUUUCAGAAUCAAAAGGUGUUUGUUUUCUUAAAACCCAGGCCGUCUGCUUUCUCUACAGCUCAGACCUGAACACAUGCGAGUCUCCAUUGAAGAGGAAAAAACCCUGUUACGGUUCUGUCCAUGAGGGAGGGCUGUUAUGUUGAACCCUGAUGAGCUAGAAGGUGAGGUGGAUCACAGCUUUUUUGACAGUGAUUGCCACGACGACAGCAAUGUUGGACAGAAAACAAUAGAGGAGGACUUGAAAGGGGAAAAGCAGAACCCAGGGACACAUAACUGGGAACCUGCAAAACCUCCUGAACAUCUUGCUGUUGAACUUUCCCCGGGGAAUGAAAGAACAGCGACGCACUUGAGACAAGUGGAAAUAAACAAGACGGGCCAGAAAUCUGAUGUAUCAUCUUACCCAAAUGAAGCCAAACAUGAAGGCUCAAAUCCUCACUCUAAAAGACCCAGCGGGGCUUUUCUGGCUUUGCUGGCAAACAUGCCAAACGCAGAGGAAAACCAGAGCGUAACAGAAACAGGCAAAGGUGCCUUAGCAUUCACUGCCGACUCAAGAAAGAAGAAUCCAAAGUCUCUUAGAAAGAAAUCCAAAAAUGUAGCUCCUGUUUCAAAGGAGGCCAACAUAGACUCUGAGAGUUGUUGCAGCACUCAGAGUGGUAAUUCACACUCCAAACCUAUCAAGUCUGUACGGCGUAAAGCUAGAGGCCCAGCUGAAUCCCAGGAUUUGCCCAACUGGAGUACAGAUGAGUCAAGCUUGGUGUCAGAGGUGACCCCCCCCUUCUCUCCUGAACCUGGUUCACAAGAGGCAGACCUGAAUACAGAUGGGGAUGAAUGCUCAUUUAGGUUGGAAAGUCAACUUGAGAAGAAGCUGGUGCUCCAAAGUCCAAUAAGAAGGCCCGGGAAGAACUACACCUUUUCCAGAACCGAGGUCCAACGCAUAGAUCUUGAGAACCAACGACUUCUUCAGAGGAUUUCAAAUGCUUAUUCAGGGAUCAGAUUGGAAAAAAAGGCAAGGAAGAAAAUUAAUGAGCCCAAUAUAUCACCAGUGGUUUACCUCCCACACAGCGCGCUAAACCGGCAGCGUAAACAGCGCCGCAUCGACGAGGAGAACCUGGCUCUUCUUAAGAAGCUAGAGUCCACCAAACCCUCACCUUGGCUUAGCCGAACCAAACUUCUGGCCGACCACCAGCGCCUGAAGGGAUAUGUGGGUGCUUCGUCAUAUCCUGCCUCUAGGACCUCUAGCAGUAGGACCAGAAAUACAUCCUCUGCAUUAAGGAGUUCCACGGCACUCAGCUCCAGGGCCGCUCACCCUAAUUCCAGUUCAACAUCUGCUCCCAGCUCAAGCAAACUGAGCUCAAGUCGUCCUGCCUGGUGUUAAAAACUCAUCUAAUAAAGAGCAUCUUGGUUCUUUCAAAGCACAUUACCUGCCAUUUGAUGUUGAUUAAUUUAUAUGCUGCAAAGCUUAGGACAUUUUAGCUUUUAUAUUGUUUAAUAAAGCUGCUCUAUUGUUUGCUUUCUUUUUUUGUUCAGUUAUGCUGCAGUUUAUGCUUUGAUAUCAAAGCCAUUUAAAUUAUUACCUUAGUUUAACCUUUAAAUACAAUCACUUUUGCAGCAGAUAUUUUGGCUUCAACAUGUAAGUUGUCACUUCACUUUAAUGUUGCUGCUGUUUAAUAUCUGAACGGAAAAAGGAGUGGAUGUUGUUUACAGAUGUGAUGUUUUUUUGUUUGUUUUUUUAUUCUACCAAAUGAUUGUUUCAAAGCCAAUAAAUGUGUCACACAUUUUUUUUUUUCAGGCUGUAGUAAAAAGAUGACAUAAAGCUAUAAGAUGUAUGGAGCAUCACAUAGCUGUUAUGUUGUUUUUGGGAUACAGCAUCAUCUGAAGGUUUUAAUUCUGAUAGAACAUGAAAAUUAGAAAUAUGUUGGUAUGUUUUAUUGUAAUUGUAUAUGAUCGAGCAAAAAAAGCCACUUUGAGAAGUCCUCUACCAUGCUGUCCUUGGUUUCCAUCAUUAGGAACAUCAAGAACAACAUGACUGGUCAGGAAUAAAGUUAACGGAUAGUUUGUAAAGCAGUCCACCAGACACUGCAUAUUUCCUACAUUCAAACACGAAGGUAGCGCAAUCAUGAUGUGGGAAUGCUCGUCUUGUUCAGCUAAGAAAGAAGACGUAUAGUUUGUAGAAAGAUAACCUAAAAAGACUUUCAGCUGUAGCUGAAACAAUAGGUGGUUCUAUAAAGGAUUCAAAGAAGUGAGUGAAAGGCCCAUUGGUCAAUUUUCUUAGUCUUCACAUUAGCGACAUAAUGGAAUAUCAACAAUUAAAUAAGCUUGUAAAUGUAAUGUUGUAUUUGUAAGGGCUGCUCUUUUUGGACCUUAGUUUAAUGUUAUGUUGGUUUUUUUGUUUUUAACUAAUUACGAGGUUCUAUUAGUCAGGUUUACCCAUUAACACAGCGAUUAAUGAAAGCCAAACAUGUUAGCUAAAGCAAUGAUCGUCACGACAACAGAGUCUGGAUUAUAGACAGUCUUUAUUCUUAAUAAAUUAAUGUGUGAGGUGGAAUACAAGGGUCAGAGUAGUCACAGCAUAUCAUAGGGGCCUUCACUGCUCCUUUACUCUAACAGGAGAAGCAUUUGGCCUGUAUUAUAGUCUGUCUCAUCACAUCAUGUACACCAGCUGUUAAAACUAAAAGACAUCCUUUUAGUAUAUGGUUGAUGGUUUUUAUAUACACGUGCAAUGAAGCAUAAACCCAGGUCAGGUACACCGAUCCACUCCCCCCUCAUAGCUGCUGCACAGAAGAGGUAGCCUACAAACCCAGAUUCCUAAUUCACCAGGUCGGUGUGACCAUAUCACAAAAAAAA